CAGAUCACAACAUCCUUCGUCUAUCACCGGCUGGAAGAUGGUGGCUGUCAAAAUGCAGUAUUGUGUGCUGUCAGUUUUGCUUUUGAACGUUUAUUACACCUUUGUCUCCUCGCUGUACUUUCACAUCGGAGAAACUGAGAAGAAAUGCUUCAUAGAGGAAAUUCCGGAUGAAACGAUGAUCAUCGGAAACUAUCGUACACAAUUGUAUGACAAGCAGAAAGAAGAGUACCUUCCUGCCACACAGGGUCUGGGGAUGUUUGUUGAGGUGAAAGAUCCUGAUGAGAAGGUGAUCCUGUCUCGUCAGUACGGCUCGGAGGGAAGAUUCACCUUCACCUCUCACACCCCAGGAGAACAUCAGAUCUGCCUUCACUCCAAUUCCUCCAAGUUCGCCCUCUUCGCAGGAGGAAUGCUUAGAGUUCACCUGGACAUCCAAGUGGGAGAGCACACCAAUAACUAUGCAGAGAUUGCAGCCAAAGACAAGCUGACAGAGCUGCAGCUGAGAGUGAGACAGCUGGUGGAGCAGGUGGACCAGAUCCAGAAGGAGCAGAACUAUCAGAGGUACCGUGAGGAGCGCUUCAGGCAGACCAGUGAGAGCACCAACCAGAGGGUUCUGUGGUGGUCCAUCGUUCAGACAUUGAUCCUGGUGGCCAUUGGCUUCUGGCAGAUGAGACACCUCAAGAGUUUCUUCGAGGCCAAGAAAUUAGUGUAGACCUGCUCUCUCAUUUUGUUGUUUAUCUGAGUCCGGGUUGGGGAUCAAUUCGGUUUCAAAUCAGUAAAUUCAGGAAGUUAACUUUAACUCUAUUCUUGAAUUGAGAAUUGCCCCAUUGUUUUCUAUGAGGCUUUUUUCAUUCAUCAAUUUGAAUUAACUUCCUGAAUUGAUAAGUGAAUUGAACCCAACCCUGGUCUGAAUGCAGUACUUAAACAUCAGUCAGAAUGCGAGUUUGCUCUCAGAAGUAUGUGUGUAGACUGGUGAGGUUACCAUCCUAUCAGUGAAAACCACCCAAUUAUUUUUAUUUUGAGAGGGCUCUGCUUUUGGAUUUUUAAGACCCUUUUGUGACUUUGAUAUUCCCCAUCCCUGUUUCUGUAAGAUAACUCUGUCUGCAAUUGGUUUUAUUUAUGAUCCUCUACAGUAUGCUAUAUGUUUUAUUUUUGGCUGGGAAAAAAUUGUCUUGUACUAUUGAUGAUAUCAAACAUGGUUAUGCUAUUGAUGAUAUCAAACAUUGUUCUUCGAAGGUUAAAACCACCUUGACAACCCAUAAGAUAUUUCUGUAGCACUUUUUGUGACUAGAAUACCUGUCAGUCAUAUUACAGGCCACAUCUCUUCUCUCAAAAUAACAGGUGUGUUUUCAAACUGAUUAGACAAUGUUCUCACUCUACUUGCAUCGUAAUGGGGUUUUUUUUACUGGCCGAGAGAGAUCAUCUAUUUUGGUUUAGAGCCAUACAGCAGAAAAUGUGAUUUGAUUUAUGAAACUUAUUUUUGGUAAUGUGUGCGUACUAAUCUUUACGUUUUGAUUUAGCUUAAAAUGAAUGUACAUUUCAACCCCUGAUGUAUUCAGUGUUGGUCGUGGUCUGUGUGUUUAGAAACAGAAAGACAUCCAGAAUAUGCAGAAUUUUAAAAUGAAGAUCUUGAAAAUUGGGAACCUUCUCCUGUCUUGUUAACCAGUAUCUGUAUUCCCAAAGCACCUCGGAGUAGGCGUGCUGAUCUAGUAUCUGUUACCCCUUGUUAAUAAAAGGCAAAAUUUAUCCUAGAUCAGCACUUGGACUCUGAGACACUUUCUCAAUACGGGCUCUGUCUGUGUUUUAUUUAAUGGUCAAUUUAUAAAGCUGGAAAGUGAGACAAGAAACAUGACAUUUUGGUUAAAGGGUGGUGCUAGAGUGUCUGUUGUUAAUAUGGUAGUUUUAUGGAAAACAGUUGUGAAAUACUAGCUAUGCAUUUGCUGAAGUACGAAAUCAGUUCACACAGUUUCUCCCUAACUUGCUGAAUACACUGCCAAAGAUGUUCCCUUAUCACAAUCCAUUGGCUUGAAUGUGGUCAAGUGAACAUUGGUUGUUUUUUCAUCUGUACUGCAUAUCUAAGUGAACCUAGAGAGAUGCUGUUUUGGGGAUCUGUUUUGUCAAUUUCCUUUCUGCAAAUACUCAGGUAGAGUUUUGAAGACACAGAUUUAAUUCAAUUAAAUAAAGAACUGCUGUCCAGGUUAACAGUUUGCUCCAGUUCUCAUCAUGUACAAGGAGUUGAUUCUUGGGUAAACAUCCAAAUCAAAAUCAAAUCAAUUGUACACUUGGAAAGUACUUAGCCAGAAAGCAGUCCUUGCUUCUUGACAUUCAUAAAACAAUUUGAACUAUACUGGAUCAUUGUUGCAAAAAAAAUAUUUUUGUUCAGUUAAUCAGUUUUUUGUGUGUUUCUCCUUAAUAUUCCCAAAACUGUUCCUUAUUCAAUUAGUUCAUCAUUGGCGGGUUUUUUGCAUUUAUAUGGUUAGAUACAGUAUCAGAGAUUUCGAGUAUGAUUUGAAUCAAUUGGGGAUGGUUUGUUUUUGGUGGGGGGAUGUUAAGUUUAGAUUCUGUAAAUGUAAAAACCUGUCUAAAUUGCACUAAAAAAUAAAGUUUUGUCACCUUUG